AUGUUACCUUUCGCUGUACUCUUCCUACUGGCCGGAGUGGCUAGCGGGACGCUUACGGUAUCUUUCCCUAUCAACUCUCAAGUUCCACCGGUUGCGCGCGUCUUUCAACCAUUCAGUUUCCAAUUCUCCGACACGACGUUCGCCUCCGCAACCGGGCCCCUCCAAUAUGCCUUAUCUGAAAAUCCUUCAUGGCUUUCCCUGGACGCAGCAGAUCGCAAGUUAUGGGGAACCCCCAGCCCGAGCGACACUGGUUCAGUGGAUUUCACUGUCAUAGCGACGGACACCACGGGAUCAGUUAGCAUGCGAUCAACUCUCCUCGUGGCCACAGAUUCCCCGCCACAUGUGGGCGCAAAUGUCACCGAGUCUCUGUUGAAAGCGGGGAAGCUUUCGGGAACCACAACUCUAGCAUUAUAUCCAUCCACCGAAUUCACUGUUGGGUUUCCAGAUGACACAUUCACGUCGAGUGACGGGAAAAACGUCUCUUAUUAUGCCACAAUGAGCAAUCAUACUCCUUUGCCAGCCUGGGUCAUCUUCAAACCAGAAGAAUUAUCGUUCUCCGGAACAACGCCAACCUUCAGCGCAUUUCCGCAAAACUUUGAGAUUCUCCUCAUCGCGUCUGAUGCGCCCGGCUUUGCUGGAGCGUCGCUCAAGUUCUCUAUCGUCAUCAGCAACCACCAAUUCGUCUUUUCAGAACGCCAACAAACUGUUGACACUACCCCGGGAGAGGCAAUUGAGGUCAUGAACUUAAAAGGUCUACUCUCCUUAGAUGACCAGAAAGUUGGCGACUCGGACUUGCAAAGCGCAACAGCCGAGGCUCCAUCUUGGUUGUCUUUUGACCAAAAAACUCUGUCGAUGCGGGGAACAGCGCCAAAAGAUGUCCAAUCAGCAGAUGUCACUGUCUCCGUGACAGACAAGUUUGGAGAUAUAGCGAACACCACGGUGCAGUUCUCUGUUAGGCCCGAGACCACAACUGGCCAAGUCGGAACCAUCGAUGUUGUGCCCGGAGAACCGGUAAACUAUCCUCUGAAAAGUCUGCUCCCAGACCGAACGGAUUCAAAAGUGUCAGUCGACUUCGGUGAUGCCGCAAAAUGGUUGCAGCUAGACCAGGACACAAUGACCAUCCGAGGCACGAUUCCUUCAUCUGUGGAGCCUCAGACAAUUCGAGCUAAAUUUAGCAUCACUGUACCCGAUGGGCCCCAAAAUGAUCCAAAGCCAUUUGAUAUAGUUGUGAAAAGAGCG